AUGAAAAACCUGACAAAGAAAGACUCUGGAGAAUAUCAACUUAGAUUCCUUACUAAUGAUGGUGAAGGAUUCAUUGGUAGACCUGGAGUGAUUCUGAGUGUUACAGAUCUGCAGGUAAGAGCGAGUCACUCUGCAGUGGCAUCAGAAGGACAGACUACAGUAACGCUGAGCUGCAUCACCUCCUGCUAUCUGUCUAACAACCCCACUUACAUGUGGUACAAGAACGGACAGCCUGUUACUGACAAACUCACCAAACACAACAAGCUCUACCUGAACUCCAGUGAAGAUGCAGGAACCUACUCCUGUGCUGUGAGAGGACGUGAGGAUCUCCGCUCUCCUGAACUAACUGUAACAUGGUCAGAUAAUUACACAGUGUUAAAGGUCAUCAUGGUGGGCCUGGCUGUCUUCCUGGCAGUAACACUCCUCUCAGGAGCUCUGUGGAUGUGGAAGAGGAAGUCGAGCUCAGCUAAUGGCCACAGCAGCACUGGUGAGAGUGGACAGCGUCACUCUCCUGCUGUUUAUGAAAAUGUCUCAGCCUCAGACCGCAGUGGAAGAGUCGCCUCAGAUGAUCAGGAUGACAUUCACUAUGCCAGUGUUGUAUUUAAAAACUCCCACACACAGGAAGUGUCUCCGUCACCCAGACUUCCUCCAGACACCACAGAGGAAGAGGAUGUUCAGUACGCUGCUGUGAACGUUAGCAGGAGCACUGCUGCCAUCCAGCUUGUAGCAGACGAAACGGCUGAUGAUCCAUCUCAGCUGUACAGCAAGAUCCAGAAUCUCCCCACUUCAGCAGUGUAGCCCAUCAUUAGUCCUGUGAUCCUGGGAUCUAAAAGCUAAAGAGGUAGCACUUCAGGUCCGAACUCUGCUUCCCAGAAUACAUCGUGGCCUACUAAGCUGGCCGCUACGAGCUACACUUCCCAGAAACCAUGGCAGCUAACCUGCGCUCAAUCAUCGGACUUCAAAUCACAGACACUCAAGCAAACCCUAUAAAAGAUAAUCCAAUUCAUGAUAUCUCUGUGAAGAAAACACUCAGUCUGUGCCAUACAUCUUUACCAAGGUCUUUUGUAUGGAGUUGUUGUUUUGGUUGUAGGAUAAUUGCCUGUUUUUUGAUUCACAAGUUUGUUUUUGCCUAACCCACUCUGUUUGCUCAAUGUCUCACCCAUACCUGUGUUUUGACCUUGCCUUGUUCUUGCCUGAUGAUUUGGAUUUCACCGCAUUAUCUUUAUUAAAGUGUUGAACUGCAUUUGCGUCUGUCUCUAAUCACCUUUUGUGAGAGAUUACUUUGCCUAAACAUGGAUGC